ACGGGCGGCUAGGUCGCAGAGGAUCAUCGUUGGGAUCAACGACUAUCACCUGUUCUACAAGAUGAGUAACAGCCACCCUCUUCGCCCCUUUACUGCAGUGGGGGAAAUUGAUCACGUGCACAUUUUGUCUGAACAUAUUGGUGCCUUGCUGAUUGGGGAAGAAUAUGGCGACGUCACAUUCGUUGUGGAAAAGAAACGUUUUCCUGCCCACAGGGUAAUUUUAGCAGCGAGGUGCCAAUAUUUUCGAGCAUUACUGUAUGGUGGGAUGCGAGAAUCUCAGCCCGAAGCAGAAAUCCCUCUCCAAGACACCACCGCAGAAGCAUUCACCAUGCUGCUUAAAUACAUCUACACUGGGCGGGCAACACUGACAGAUGAGAAGGAGGAGGUGUUGCUGGACUUUCUGAGCCUGGCUCAUAAAUAUGGAUUUCCAGAGCUGGAGGAUUCUACCUCUGAGUAUCUCUGCACCAUACUUAACAUUCAGAAUGUCUGCAUGACUUUUGAUGUUGCCAGCCUCUACUCACUUCCCAAGUUAACUUGCAUGUGCUGCAUGUUUAUGGACAGAAAUGCUCAGGAGGUGCUCUCCAGUGAAGGCUUCCUCUCCCUUUCUAAGACAGCACUUUUAAACAUCGUAUUAAGAGAUUCAUUUGCAGCUCCCGAGAAAGAUAUUUUCCUAGCCUUGUUAAAUUGGUGUAAGCACAAUUCAAAGGAGAAUCAUGCUGAAAUCAUGCAGGCUGUGCGUUUGCCUCUGAUGAGCCUCACUGAACUUCUGAACGUUGUGAGGCCUUCAGGACUGUUGUCUCCCGAUGCCAUUCUGGAUGCUAUUAAAGUUCGAUCAGAGAGCCGGGAUAUGGACCUCAAUUACAGAGGCAUGCUCAUCCCAGAAGAAAAUAUUGCAACCAUGAAGUAUGGAGCCCAGGUUGUAAAAGGGGAGCUGAAGUCUGCCUUAUUAGAUGGCGAUACUCAAAACUAUGAUUUGGAUCAUGGAUUUUCCAGGCACCCAAUUGAUGAUGACUGCCGUUCUGGCAUUGAGAUUAAGCUAGGUCAACCAUCUAUCAUCAAUCACAUACGGAUACUCCUGUGGGACCGAGAUAGCCGGUCUUACUCAUACUUCAUUGAGGUGUCAAUGGAUGAACUUGAUUGGAUUAGAGUGAUUGACCAUUCGCAGUAUCUAUGUCGUUCUUGGCAAAAGUUGUAUUUUCCAGCCCGUGUCUGCAGGUAUAUUCGAAUAGUUGGGACUCACAACACAGUGAACAAGAUUUUUCACAUUGUGGCUUUUGAAUGUAUGUUUACAAACAAAACCUUCACUCUUGAGAAGGGGCUGAUAGUUCCCAUGGAGAACGUUGCAACAAUUGCGGAUUGCGCCAGUGUGAUUGAAGGAGUCAGUCGGAGCCGAAAUGCCUUGCUGAAUGGCGACACCAAGAAUUACGACUGGGAUUCCGGCUAUACGUGUCACCAGCUAGGAAGUGGUGCGAUUGUGGUUCAGCUGGCACAGCCGUACAUGAUCGGGUCAAUACGGUUACUACUUUGGGACUGUGAUGAUCGAAGCUACAGCUACUAUGUUGAGGUCUCCACCAACCAGCAACAGUGGACCAUGGUGGCCGACAGAACGAAAGUCUCCUGCAAGUCCUGGCAGUCUGUAACUUUUGAGAGACAGCCCGCCUCCUUCAUCCGAAUUGUGGGAACACACAACACAGCAAAUGAGGUGUUCCACUGCGUCCACUUUGAGUGUCCGGAGCAGCAGAGCAGCCAGAAGGAGGAAAGCAGCGAGGAGUCAGGGCCUGGGGAGCCCAGCCUGGCGGGUCCGCAGCUCGACCCCCACGCCCUGCAGGCCCCCGGGGGCAGCUCCCUGCCUUCCAGCCCCGGCUCUGCCUCUCGCUCGCCCAACCGGCAACACCAGUAAAGGGGGCGCGGACAUGGAGGCAUGCGGUGGGCCCCGAGGGCAGGGGCCAGGACUGGCAUCCUCCCAGGAGGGAUCUCUGUCGCCAGCCCCUCUCCCCUCCUGGGAGGAGCAGACGGCGCUGGCAGAACAGACACAGGACAGGCUUUCUCCCAAGGACAGAAAGGGGCCACUUUGUUCUCCUCUCAAUUUGUUCAAAUCAGGCUGGUCUCCAGGGGGAGAAAAUGGGUCUUCAAUCUUCAUCAAGUCCACCACUAACACCCUACCUCUCUAAUCUAACCCGGGCAAAGAGGCCACGGUGGACGGGCCGGUGUCGGAAUGCUGUGACGGCACCAAGCUCAGGAGAACCCAUCAGGCCUUUAUUACCUCCGGGCACCCUUUAGGAAGUGGGUUUCCGUAGAGUGUUUACUCUUCUGGAACACAUUGCCCUGGCAACUAAAUGAUUUUUUCUUUCUUUUAGUUAUUGUCCAUUUGCUGAAUCAUAGGUGUUCCAGAUCUUUUUGAAAUGCUCAAACAGCAAAUCACUUGUUUUAUUCCCUUUUGAUGCUGUAAUUUUCCUUCUUUAGUUUUGAACGGUUAGGCCUGGGGUGGAGCGGAGAAAGGCUGUGCACAGCUCCUGAAUGAGGCACAGAUGCAGCUCGUCAUGGCACCGGGGCUGACAAGGAAAAUCUUCUGAGGAAGUUCAAAAAAAUACACAAUGAGCAAAUCAAUCCGAGGACACUGGAGUUAAUAAUCACUCGAAUUCCUGAGUUAUUAACCUGUCAUUCCUGAAACGUACCCAGCCUUUAAGCUUGGGAGGCUGACAAGGAAAUGGUUAUUUUUGCUACCUGCUAAUUUCCUGUUCCUGAGUCUGUAAAUGUAUCUGUAAGUCCGCAGCAGCUUCCAGUAGGGCUGAGCCCGCCCCUGAAUCACCGCCAGUUAGCCGGGCCGUGGGGACAGUAGGCCCCUGGGCCGGCAAGUGUCAGCAGCACGCUCCUGGGGCUUUGCAGGGUGGUCAUGGCGGUUCAGUCUUCGCUGUGUUUCAUCCCCAGACCUGACUACUCGGCAAGGUUGAGAAGAAAAAGUAGUUCUAAGAAGCUUUUCUCCUCAUCCUCAUGGAGCCGAUCUCUGACUGCCGCGGCCUGAUGGGGCUGCGCUCCCUCUCCUUCCUUAGUGCUUUCCAGCCCGGCGCUAACUACCCUUUGUAACGUGCUCAGCCUGCUGUCUGGGGUUCGCUCACCUCCGGAGCCCCGCCAGGCUGAGCACCGCGGUCCCCUGGCCCCCCAGACGCAGGCCCAGGUCCUCUGCAUACCCUGUGACCCCCACUUGGAGGAGGGUGGGAUUACAGGGGGUUCCUUUUGGGGUCUUAACGCUCACUGGUUGCGGGUGGACACAGAGCCCCUCUAAGUAAAUGCUCUCGCCAGUGUAGCUUGGUCUUGAGUGAUCUCCCACUAUGGGAACAACAGCGGGGCAUCAAACCAUAGGAUUAAACCGGAAGGUGGGCUUUCUGUUUGAACAGGAGCAGAAGGAGAUAGUGGGGGAGGGAGGUGCAGGGUGAGGAGCCACAGCACCGCCCAUCAGCUCAGCUCACUCAUCUCACCCCUCCCCCACUGUGUGGGGCAAUUGGAACCCCUGAGGGGUGCCAGGCAUCUCCCAGGAGACGGGAGGCUCCCAUGACAGAUGGCAGUGCCACUCGCUCGCCAUGGGUGGCCACGCUGUAUGACUUGGCCACUGCCGUUGUCAGCAUCCAGGACGCGGUCACCAAUUAGCAGGAAGAAUUCCUGUCCACUCGGCACUUCCUUACACAGUGCAGUCAUUACCCAGCAGGGAACAGAAGGAGCCAAGAAGCCAGCGAGUGCAGAGUUCAGACGCCUGGAAAGUCUCCAUUCAAGGGUUUCUUUUUAAACUUUGAGGUCAUCUGUCCAGAGAUGGACAGAUCCCCUGGGCUUGGCUGGCACUGCUGACCUGGGAAGAGGUGAGUGGGCUGGUGAGGACCUGGAAGUUCCAGUCCUCUACCUCCAGACGGUUGGUCCCACGGGCCCACCGCACACGCCACCAGGCCAGGUCUGGCAGCAACGUGUCACAUCGAAGAGGCACAGGCCGAGAAGCUUCUGCACCAGACCCACAUGUGGGUGCCUCCCGGCCAGCAGCUGACUGCCUCUUCCUCUCCCCUGUGGAUCCGUUUCCUUGGCUCUCCUUGCACAUACUUGCCCUGAGGGCUGUCUCAGGGGAUGGGAGUUUGUCAGAUAAGGAAAGGAAGGGGAAGAUGAGGUGGUGGCACUGGCCUGCGGCAGCAGGGAGGACAGGGACAUGGCCUCCUUCCCACCCCACAGCUGUGGCCAUCAGGUCCCCGCACUCGUGUCUCCUGGGCCUGGCGGGAGGCCUCGCUUGCAUGGAGGCCCACUCUAGAUCCCAGGCAGACACCAAGGAAGCUCCGAGAAGCUGCUCUGGUCUACCUCCUGUUACCCGGCCAGUGGGCUCUGCCUUCCGUGAUGGGCCUUUUAAUUUGGGAAGCAGGGGAGGUGGGGGCUCUUUCUGCAAACCCAAACUGUGGGGCCCCAGACAGACACGGCUUUCCAGAACCCUGGCUGGUCCUGUGGAGGACUCCUCCCUGCUGCCAGCUAGACCAAAAUGGCCCCCACACUUGAAGAGACCAACAGAGCUAAAUGGGAGUGCAGGUAAGACAGGCCGGCCCACAGUCGGGUGGGGUCCCAGAUGCCUGCAGGGUCCUCGACCCAGCGGAGGGUGGAUGCUGUACCCCUGUGAAGUGUGAGGAAGGAGUCACAGCCGAGUCACGUGGGGCCGGGGCACAUGAGGGCCCCUGCCCUAUGCGGGUACAGACUGCGUGGUCUGAGGAAAGGUCAGGCGAAGCCUGGCCCUCUGUGGGGACCGAUAGCUGGGUGCUGGUGGCCUCUGGCCCAUUAUUGUGAUGCUUCUCAGUUACUGUGAACACCCUCGCAACCACCAUCCAGGUCAGGAAACAGAACACGGCCAGACCCCCUGCCCUUGCCUAAAGGCCAUGAUUUUGGGGAGAGUAAGAAUCCACUGCACUGGGGCUUUGGGGGAUAGCCUUCGCCUCCUGACAGCUGCUGGGAGGGCCGGCUGGGGUGACACUGGGCACCGCAGGUGGGGCCUGCGUCCACUGUCCGCGUGCCCACGGGGCUGGUGGCCUACUCGUCAGAUCCAGCACCGCCGAUCUGAAGCAGGGUAAUAGUAUGACAGGCGCGCCCACACGCACACACUUGUUUUCCCAUAUUCUCAGUGCUUUUUCCUGUUUCACUUCCGACUUUCGUUAGAACCAUGAGCUUUUGGUGGAUGUGGGACUCUUCUCAACUGCUCUUUAAAUUGUCACUUUUUAAUCUUAUUAAAUGAAGUGUCGAUUCCUGACAAAUACAUUAAAAGUGUUUUAUUCCUAGAAGAGUUAGGAAAAAUUAUUUUCAGCAAGAGUGGGAUGUGUUUGUUAGACUGAUUCCUU